UACUUUUUAAAACGUGCGUAAAAACGCUGUUCUUUACUCCACUUCACCUGGCGAUUUCUGACUUCUUUUGCUUGCCAUAUAAAGACAGCCUGUUGCUUCCUUAGACCAGAGGGAGCGUUUCCCAGCAGCGCGCGCGAUCAUUUCACACCCACUUCACACCAUUCCACAUUUCUCGGGUGUCCAUCCUCCGGCGUGACCCCUCCAGCGCUUCGUUGCGCACAAAAGCCGUCUGAAUUGCACUUUGAUUUUAUUUUUAUUUAUUAAUAAAUUUUUGCAGACGUGCGCUUUUUGGGGAAAAAAUGGCCAACUCGGGCAUCCAGCUGCUGGGCUUCUUCCUGUCCCUGCUUGGCAUCGUGGGGCUGAUCGUCGGCACCAUCCUGCCGCAGUGGAAGAUGUCAGCGUACAUCGGGGACAACAUCAUCACCGCAGUGGCCAUGUACCAGGGGCUGUGGAUGUCCUGCGCUUUCCAGAGCACCGGGCAGGUGCAGUGCAAAAUCUACGACUCCAUCCUGCAGCUGGACAGUGCACUGCAGGCCACCCGAGCCUUGAUGAUAGUCGGCAUCAUCGUCUCCAUCGCAGGUCUGGGCGUGGCCUGCAUGGGAAUGAAGUGCACCACCUGUGGAGGAAGCGAUAAGCUGCGCAAGUCCCGGGUUGCCAUGACAGGAGGAAUCAUCCUGCUAGUAGGAGGACUGUGUGCCAUUGUGGCGUGCUCCUGGUUUGCUCACAAUAUCAUCAGAGCUUUCUAUAAUCCUUACACUCCCGUCAACACCAAGUUUGAGUUUGGAGCUGCUAUCUUCAUCGCAUGGGGCGGCUCCCUCCUGGACGUCCUGGGCGGGGCUAUGUUGGCGGCAUCCUGCCCUACUAAGAAGCAGGUCUCCAAGUACCCACCGAUAGGCAGUUCCCGCUCUGGGGCUGCGGCCAGCACCAAGGAGUAUGUGUGAUGCCCCUGCUGGUCGGGACUUUAAAAGAAGCUGAAGAAGGAGUUCCCCUGUCGUCGCAGCAUCAGAGUGAAGACUUCUGGGAAGACUUGCCAAGAGGAAACCCCAAAACUGGACUACCUUUUUCUUUCAAGGCAUGUUUGUUUGUUUCAUGAAAGAUCUCCACCGUCUGGCUCAAAUACAUUAUAAUUGAAUCUCACGGCUUCAUAUACUUGGGGCGUGGCCUGUUGGUUUGUAGCCAGAACAGUGGAUUGAAGCCAACAGUGGCGACCCCAUGCAAGAGAGCUACGUUUAUUAGCAUUUACCAUGUAAUUGAAGAUAAUCAAUUUUAGUCGGCUGCAGCCCAGAGCGACGGAACAACGAAACAGAGUUUUAUGUGAAGUGUUGAGACUGAAAUAGAAAAGCAAAGUGUGAGUUUUCACAGAUGGGGCUGCGUGUCUUCACACCAGGCUGUUACAAACCCAGCUCACACAGGAAAUAUUUGGUCACCAUCGGUCACUACCAGAUGACGGGGCCUCUAUUAAUUUCGUUGAGGGUUUUCCGCCCCACAUCUGUACCAUCUGGCAGCAGCUUUUAGGGUGUUUCAUAGUCAUACUGCUGUUAAGCUGAGACAUUUGCAAACGUUUGUGGAUCUAUAGGAAGUGUAUCAAAGUGUAUUUUUAACCUGUGACAUAGAACAUGUGUAAUAAAAAGGUACUGACACAGUGUUAA